UUAAAUCACAAACAACAAAAAUAAUUGAGCAUAGAGAAGUAAACGAUUCAAUUAAAUCACAAACAAAAAAAAUGCAAUAGAGUAGCGCCAAAGUUAAUUACUCCGUAAAUCACAAACAAAAUGCAAGGCAGCUCAAAGUCACUCCGUACAAUAGAGUAGGGCCACUUGACGUGAAAACAGCUAAGCAAGUGUACUAAAAAAAAGUGUACUAUAUACUGUGCAUUUGGCGCAGUACGUAGAUGCUGUCAAAGGAUUAGAAGAAGAGGCCAGAGAUAUGUAUUCUGAGUUUAUCAAUCUCAGCAGCGCUGAGGUUGUUGAGAUGUUGGUUCUUGAUGGCUGCUUUGUGGUCGAAAUCCUUCGGGCAAGUAGGCCGGCGGAUUUUAAAUUGGAUGACGCCGACAAUCCAUUGAUGUCAAUAACGCAAUUCAUACUUCGUAAUUGCCACCAUGACUUGUACUGCCUGGAGAACCAAAUACCAUACAUUGUGCUCCAGACAUUGUUCACACUUGCUGAAACAGAGGAUGAUGAGUGUAAUAUGUACAUGCGCUCCCCAUACUCCAUACCUGGUAACAUUCACAAUCUUAUCCUCGCGUCGCUUAGCAAUAGCUCUUCCAUCCAAGACCGGAUUUGCUGAUCCAUAAAAGCUUCCAUUUUCGAACGAUUAGGUAACCAUUCGCUGGGAAUCCGUCGUGUACUGGUUCUCCAUAGGCUAUCACGGCCAUGGCCUUCAUAUUCUAAGUAUAUUAACUGUUUCUUGAGAGAAAAAUAUCUAAUUAUUUGCUAUUACCGAUUAUUGUGCGAAUGGAUGUGAGAAACCUG